UCCUCAAACUUUCACCACCAUUAAUGGAGGCUCCUUCUUGGGUUGUUUUGGCCCUAGCAUGGCUAGCCUCAGUAGCCCUUCUCUCAAAAGUUUUCAGUUUCCGGCCACCCCACAAGCAAAACCUUCCACCUGGUCCCACACCAUGGCCGAUCAUCGGCAACCUAAACCUCAUUGGCCAUCUCCCCCACCGGUCCCUCCACAAACUGUCCCAAAAAUAUGGACAAAUAAUGGAGCUUCGAUUUGGGUCUUUCCCAGUUGUAGUGGCCUCAUCUUCAGAAAUGGCAAAGCAGUUCUUAAAGACAAACGAUCACCUCUUUGCCUCCAGGCCUCACACUGCUGCCGGCAAGUACAUUACUUAUAACUACUCCAACAUCACCUGGGCUCCUUACGGUCCAUACUGGCGCCAAGGGCGUAAAAUCUUCCUCACAGAGCUGUUCAGCUCGAAAAGGCUCGCGUCUUAUGAGUACAUUCGGGUUGAAGAAAGGCAGGCUUUCAUCUCCCGCCUCUACGCAUUGUCAGGAAAGCCAGUCAUGCUUAAAGAACAUCUCUCUCGCGUUACUCUCAGCGUUAUAAGCAGAAUUGUACUGGGGGAGAAGUACUUCAGUGAGUUCGAAUCCGGGAGGUCGAUGUUGACGGUGGAAGAGUGUCAGAAGAUGCUGGGUGAGUUGUUCUUGCUUAAUGGUGUGUUGAAUAUUGGGGAUUGGAUACCGUGGAUUGCAUUCUUGGACUUGCAGGGGUAUGUAAAGAGGAUGAAGGCUUUGCGCGAUAAAUUUGAUAGGUUUUAUGAUCAUGUGCUUGAGAAACACAGGGCCAGAAGAGAAGCAGAGGACUUUGUGGCUAAGGACAUGGUGGAUACGCUUCUGAGAUUGGCUGAUGAUCCUGAUGUUGAGGUUAAGCUCACUACUGAUGGGAUCAAAGGGCUUACACAGGACCUAAUAGCUGGUGGUACAGAUACCUCAGCUACUACUCUGGAAUGGGCGAUGUCCGAGGUCUUGAGGCAGCCAAACAUAGCUAAAAAGGCAACUGAAGAGCUGGAUAGAGUUAUAGGGAGAGAUAGAUGGGUGGAGGAGAAAGACAUUCCCCAACUUCCUUACAUAGAUGCAAUUGUGAAGGAGACAAUGAGGCUACACCCUAUUGUUGUCCUGCUGGCACCUCACCUGGCUCUUCAAGAUUGCAAUGUAGCUGGCUAUGAUAUUCGCAGAGGAACCCGAGUCCUAGUAAACACAUGGAGCAUAGGGAGGGACCCCAACAUAUGGGAUGCACCCGAGGAAUUUCGACCAGAGAGGUUCCUAGGGAAGGCAAUUGAUGUGAAGGGACAAAGCUUUGAGCUGCUGCCAUUUGGUUCAGGGCGGAGGAUGUGCCCUGGAUACAGCCUUGGCCUAAAGAUGAUUCAAUCGAGCUUGGCUAACAUGUUGCAUGGAUUCCACUGGAAAUUGCCUUGGGAUAUGAAGACAGAAGAGCUGAACAUGGAGGAAGUUUUUGGACUGACGACUCCAAGGAAGGUCCCGCUUGUUGCUGUCAUGGAGCCUAGACUCCCAAACCAUCUUUACUAGUCGUGCCUUAGACCUAUGUUUUCGUAAUAUUAUUCAGUUGUGUGAAAUGGUUUUAGUCUGUUAAUUCUAUUUCUCCUGUUCUCUAUCCAUGAAUGCAUUAGUGGCUUGCUCAAUUGAUAACAAACCUUACAAAAAUGAGGUUACGGAUGUUAACAAAAGAAAGAUACACCUAAUGCCAAACUUUUCAAUUGUGUC